GAACAAACAGGUUAGUGCCGUAUUUGCCCAGAAACUCUGGUGUGAUUACUGGUACAAAGGGCAGACAACGCCCUGACCCCUGUCCUCGCAGUGCCGGUUUACAAGUGGGUCACCGGGCUACACGUACCAGCAUGGCUGCAAAACUACUACUCGCACUCGUCGCGGUCUUGUCUGCGGUGAUUGUGAACCACAUAGCAAAGAUCAUCUCUGCAGCGGGUGUGCUGAAGCACGUCUACAACCACGUGCCGGGCACCUGCCGGCUUGUUCCGGGCGUGGAGCAGGGUUCUGAGGACAUCGCGCUCACCUCGUCUGGUCUGGCGUUCAUCUCGUCAGGUCUGUUGCCUCCGGGGUUCAUUCUCGACCCCGUGUACUACACCUUUGAGCAGAAAAUGCUCGUGUUUGACUUUAAGAACCCUGCCGAGGGAGCCAAGGAAAUUAAGAUCGUGCUAGCGAGCGGGGAAGACUUCAUGCCGCAUGGUCUUAGCGUUUACGAAGACGACUCGGGAGAAGUUCGGCUCUUUGUCGUGAACCAUGGCAAAGGUCACCGAGACAGCGUAGAAAUCUUCCGCUUUGACGCCGCCUCAAACAGCCUGCACCACCUGAAGUCUGUCAAACACCCGCUUCUAUACAGCCUGAACGACGUCGUUGCCACGGGACCGGAGACUUUUUACGCCACCAACGAUAAAUAUACCACCGGUUUGUACAGCAGAAUGGCCGAGACUUGGCUUCUACUCCCGUGGUCUAACGUUGUCUACUACAGCGACGGAGAGGCAGCCAUCGUGGCCGACGGUCUCAUGUACGCGAACGGCAUCAACAUCUCCCCGGACGGCAGGUUCGUGUACGUUGCGAAUCCCACCACCGGGGUAGUGAUAGUGUAUCACCGACAGGACGACAACACGCUAACGUUCAGCCACGACAUAACACUGCAUACAGGCGUAGACAAUAUCUAUGUGGACGCUACCACUGGGGACCUGUGGGUUGGAGCUCACCAGAAACCGAUUCAGUUUUCCGUGCACAUGCAAAAUGCGUCGUACCCGUGCGGCUCUCAGGUGCUGCGGAUACAGGACCCGGCCACCGAGAACCCCAGGGUCACAGAGAUGUACUCUGACGACGGACAGGCCGGGUUAUGGGGGUCAAGCGCAGCGUGUUACCUCAACAAACAGUUACUGAUCGGCACAGUUAACCACAGGCUCAUGCACUGUACAGUGGACGUACCACUGUAAACACGCAAAAUGUAAUGGCCAAGUGCGUAGGCUUUUCCAUGUCUGAUAUUAAAUUCAUGUUACCCCCCUCCCCAACACCCAAUUACUUUGUUAUGCUUACCUUCGCAGAAGGAAAAAUAUAUUUUUGCUCUGUUUGUG